CAUGAAUAUUGAUCUUUCCAAUGCCUGUGGCUGCCAAGGAGCUUUUGCCUCCCAACAACAAACGCAGCCCUUCUGACCUCAACACUACUCCCUCCUUGAACCAACUCAAGAAACCCUUUCUUGGAUACCAAGAAAACACCACCACCACCACCACCUCAAAUUCUCCUAAUUCUUUCCACCGUUGCUUUUCUGAUCCAUGUUCUAAACCAGUGGCCAGCCAAUUGGCUCUGCAAUCACCACUCGAUAGCUCCAAGAUGGUAGGGACUAAUGCAGCGUCUCUGCCAUCACAGCCAGCACUGAGAAGGUCAGUGUCAGACCCAUCUCCAAACGAGAGCUGUUCUCGGUCGUCAAGCUUUAAGUGGAUGAAGAAGAUGAGGGACAGCAUGAAGGAGAUCAAUCAGUUGUGGGAAGAGAUUAUUAUGCCUGUAGAUGAAGAGCCACCAUGCGAAAAUCAUGAAGAAGAUGAUAAGGGAACUGAGCUAGAGAACAUUAAUGCUAUCAAGAGUGAUUCAGAGACAGAUUGUGAAGAAUCUGUGACAGUGGAAAGAACUGGGGAAUGCUUGAUUAUUCAUUUCAAGUGCUUUUGUGGCGAAGGCUAUCAGAUUCUUCUCUAUGGAAGAAAUUGUUACUACAAACUCAUGUAGUUCUUCUCUUAUUGGCCCAAAAUCCCGAUAUCAAUUCCUGAUAUACUUCUUUAUUUUCAGACAGGUCAUUCAUUCAUUAGGUUAUCCAUAUUUUUUUCGUGUUCCCAAGAUUUUCAGAGUUGUAAUGCUGCCUUCUAGUCAAAAGUUUCUUUUCUUGAUUGAUUUUUAUUGAUGAGUUACUUUUCAUCUGAUUUGGUUGUGUACCAUGGGAAGAUUAGUGUAAUGGAGAGAA